CCGCUCCUGCGGCCGCCGCCGCCGCUGGUGGGAGAGACGCGGGCUUGCGGGGGGAGGCGGGCGCGCGUGGUGCCGGCGGGGGGCGGCGGCGCUCCCUCCUCCUCCGGCGCCACCGGCGGCUCGGACAUGGCCGCGGCGGUGGCGGUGGCGGCCGCGUCCCGGCGGCAGUCGUGCUACCUGUGUGACCUGCCCCGCAUGCCCUGGGCCAUGAUCUGGGACUUCACCGAGCCCGUGUGCCGCGGCUGCGUCAACUACGAGGGCGCCGACCGCGUCGAGUUCGUCAUCGAGACGGCGCGGCAGCUCAAGCGGGCGCACGGCUGCUUCCCGGAAGGCCGCUCGCCGCCGGGCCCCGCGGCCCCGGCCGCCGCCAAGCCCCCGCCGCUCUCGGCCAAGGACCUUCUCCUGCAGCAGCAGCAGCAGCAGCAGCUCGGCCACGGCGGCCCUGAGGCCAGCCCGCGCGCCCCGCAGGCGCUGGAGCGCUACCCGCUGGCGGCCGCCGCCGAACGCCCCCCGCGCCUCGGCUCCGACUUCGCGAGCAGCCGCCCGGCCGCCGGCCUGGCGCAGCCGCCGGCGCCGCAGCCGCCGCCGGUGAACGGCAUCCUGGUGCCCAACGGCUUCUCCAAGCUGGAGGAGCCGCCGCCCGAGCUGAACCGCCAGAGCCCGAACCCGCGGCGCGGCCACGCCGUGCCGCCCACCCUGGUGCCGCUCAUGAACGGCUCGGCCACGCCGCUGCCCGCCGCGCUCGGCCUCAGCGGCCGCGCCGCCGCCUCGCUCGCCGCCGUCUCGGGGGCCGCGGCCGGCGCCCUGGGCUCGGCCGCGCCCGCCGAACUGAGCGCCCACAAGCGGCCGGCGUCCGUGUCGAGCAGCGCGGCGGGGGAGCACGAGCCGCGCGAGGCGGCGGCCAAGGAGAAGGCGCCGCCGCCUGCCUCGCACCGCGGCCCCGCCGACAGCCUGGCCGCCGCGUCCGGGGCCGCCGAGCUGGGCAGCGAGGGCUCCGGCAAGGGCCGCGGGCCCGCCGAGCAGGACUGGGUCAACCGGCCCAAGACCGUGCGGGACACGCUGCUGGCGCUGCACCAGCACGGCCACUCGGGACCCUUCGAGAGCAAGUUUAAGAAGGAGCCGGCCCUGACUGCAGGCAGGUUGUUGGGUUUCGAGGCCAACGGGGCCAACGGGUCUAAAGCAGUAGCAAGAACAGCAAGGAAAAGGAAGCCUUCUCCAGAACCAGAAGGUGAAGUCGGCCCCCCUAAGAUCAAUGGAGAGACGCAGCCAUGGCUGUCCACAUCCACAGAAGGGCUCAAGAUCCCCAUUACUCCUACAUCUUCUUUUGUGUCUCCACCACCACCCACUGCCUCACCUCAUUCCAACCGGACCACACCCCCCGAAGCGGCCCAAAAUGGCCAGUCCCCUAUGGCAGCCCUAAUCUUAGUAGCAGACAAUGCAGGGGGCAGUCAUUCCUCGAAAGAUGCCAACCAGGUUCACUCCACUACCAGGAGGAAUAGCAGCAGUCCACCCUCUCCGUCCUCUAUGAACCAAAGAAGGCUAGGCCCUAGAGAGGUCGGGGGCCAAGGGGCAGGCAGCACUGGAGGACUGGAGUCAGUGCACCCUGCCAGCCUCCCGGACUCCUCUCUGGCAGCCAGUGCCCCCUUGUGCUGUACCCUCUGCCACGAGCGGCUGGAGGACACCCACUUUGUGCAGUGCCCGUCUGUCCCUUCGCACAAGUUCUGCUUCCCUUGCUCCAGACAAAGCAUCAAACAGCAGGGAGCUAGUGGAGAGGUCUAUUGUCCCAGUGGGGAAAAAUGCCCUCUUGUGGGCUCCAAUGUCCCCUGGGCUUUUAUGCAAGGGGAAAUCGCAACCAUCCUUGCUGGAGAUGUGAAAGUGAAAAAAGAGAGAGACUCGUGACUUUCCGGUUUCAGAAAAACCCAAUGGUUACCCUUAACUAAAACUGCUUGAAUUGUAUAUAUAUCUCCAUAUAUAUAUAUAUAUAAAUAUAUAUAUAUAUCCAAGACAAGGGAAAUGUAGACUUCAUAAACAUGGCUGUAUAAUUUUGAUUUUUUGAAUACAUUGUGUUUCUAUAUUUUUUUGACGACAAAAGGUAUGUACUUAUAAAGACAUUGUUUUCUUUUGUUAAUGUUAUUAGCAUAUCUUUGUGCUUUAUUAUCCUGGUGACAGUUACCGUUCUAUGUAGGCUGUGACUUGCGCUGCUUUUUUAGAGCACUUGGCAAAUCAGAAAUGCUUCUAGCUGUAUUUGUAUGCACUUACUUUAAAAAGAAAAAAAAAAAGCCAAAUACAUUUUCUGACGUUGUAAGAUUGCCUUACUGUCUGUUAUUCCUCCUUAUUGCUGGCCCCUUUCUCAGGCUGGAGGCCAAUUGGUGGAGAAGGAAAGGAAGUGAGUGAAAGGGGCACUGUUGCAAAGUGGGCAUGCCACUAGGGAGUGUCACCAAGUUUAUCCCAAAACGUUGUCCUCCUAGAGUAAUAGAAAAAUAUGAUUUUGAAUCUCUGUUUCGUUCUUCAAGUAUAAUUGCUGGGAUUAUUGAUGACUGCCUGAGAGUUGCUGCUGAGAGAUUUUCAGGAUUGUGUAGUGGGGGGAGGGGCAUUUUUUUAAGGCGAAAGUUGACCACUGUUCACUGCCCAUGUGAUCAGUUGUAAAGAUUACAAAUGCUGCAUGCUAGUUGGUUACAUAAUACCCAAUUCAGUGAAGGAAGGCAGUGAUCAUGGAUAGUGGUGUGUACAAGAUGGUACAGCCAUCUUUGAACAGAGCUGGGCUCUGCAGCGCCACCUCACCUUUUUAAAUACCCUAGAGCUGUAUGUUGUUGCUGUUGUCUUUUCCUUUGAGAAGAGUCACAAGUUACAGUCCAGGUGAAUUUGGAGAUAGUGGGAUUGGUUCAUUUCUGUUUUGGUUUUUUUCUGUGUUUUUUUUUUUUUUAAUCAUUUACCUGUAGUGCUAUUGCUGUUGAUACUAUCACCUACACCCUGUUUCUAGUGAGUGCUAAAUACAGUAUGGUACAAUGACAGUAACAACGCAUGGUGCUGCCAGGACUGCCCAUGGGCAUAUCAGUGACAGCCCAAAUGGGGGUGGAGGAAACCUGUGAUUUCCUUCUUACAUGUUUUUGAAAUACCAAGUGAAUAAUACUUUUUCUGGAAAAAAUGAUAAACUAGUGAAAAUUAAAGGGUUUUACAUAAUAGACCCCACCUUUCAAAACUAUUAUUAGAAGCUUUUUGUAAACUAAUUUCUUUUGAUCACUAUUUUGCAUCAGUAAAAUAAUUUUUAAACCAAUAAAUAAUCAGUUAUUAGAAAUAGUUGUCUCAGUGAUAUUGGUUUAUCUUUUGUGCCGUUUUGAUUUAACAUCAACAGGAACACUUUUAAAUCCUUUUAUAUUCAGGUGUUUGUAACUUGGCCCCAUAAUUAGGCUGAAUCAUGAUUUCAAGGUCUACAACUUACGUGUAUCGUUCACAACUUCCAUUUUAAUUAGAAAACAGAUUGUUAACCCACUUUGGAUUCUUUUUUUAGUUUUUGUUUAAUGGUCGAGCUAUUAACACUUGAAAAUCAGAUACUGCACCAAAUACAGUAUUUUUUGGUAGUGUUUUUAAUGAGUGCACCUAUAUUACUAAUGCUGUGCAAAUUCAUGUUACUGGUCAUGUUGUAUUACAAACAGACUUGCAUGAUUAACCAGUUUGUUACACUUUUUUAAAUUGGAGUAUCUAUGACUCAGAUCAGACUGGUUUCUCUUAUGUAAAUGCACACAUGCAGAAACAGAGUCCAAUUUUACAUGCCCAUAAAGACGUUUGUAAAGAAUUCAACUGUUAUGGUCUGUUGUGUAAAUGUGUAUCUAGGCACUUUAUUAUAAACUGGAAUUUGACCUCAUAUAUGUUACAAGUUGAUCAGACAUUUGACCUAAUUUGUAGUAGCUAUCUGUAUGUUUUGCGGUCUUAAUACAGAUAAGCUUUUUCCAAAAAACUAAUAAAGAACCAUUCUGAUA